AUGAGGAGAAGCUGCUGGCAGGGCAGGGCAGCCGCGCAUGCAGGGCAACAGCGCGGAGCAGAGCCGGGGCAGCAACAGGCGGCAACGGGCAGCACAGGCACCGGCAGCAUCGGGCGGCGACAGGCAGCACACGCACGGGCAGCAACGGGCGGCAACGGGCAGCACAGGCACGGGCAGCAACGGGCGGCAACGGGCAGCACAGGCACGGGCAGCAACGGACGGCAACGGGCAGCAAAGGGCGGCAACGAGCAGCACAGGCAUGGGCAGCAACAGACGGCAACGGGCAGCACAGGCACGGGCAGCAACAGGCGGCAACGGGCAGCACAGGCACGGGCAGCAACGGGCGGCAACGGGAAGCACAGGCAGGGGCAGCAACAGGCGGCAACGGGCAGCAACGGGCGGCGACGGGAAGCACAGGCACGGGCAGCAACAGGCGGCAACGGGCAGCACACGCAUGGGCAGCAACGGGCGCCAACGGGCAGCACAGGCACGGGCAGCAACAGGCAGCAACGGGCAGCACAGGCACAGGCAGCAACGGGCGGCAACAGGCAGCACAGGCACGGGCAGCAACAGGCAGCACAGGCACGGGCAGCAACGGGCGGCAACGGGCAGCACAGGCACGGGCAGCAACGGGCAGCAACGGGCAGCACAGGCACGGGCAGCAACGGGCGGCAACGGGCAGCACAGGCACGGGCAGCAAUAGGCGGCAACGGGCAGCACAGGCACGGGCAGCAACGGGCGGCAACGGGCAGCACAGGCACGGGCAGCAACAGGCAGCAACAGGCAGCACAGGCACAGGCAGCAACAGGUGGCAACAGGCAGCACAGGCACGGGCAGCAACAGGCUGCACAGGCAGCACACGCACAGGCAGCAGCAGGCGGCAACAGGCAGCACAGGCACGGGCAGCAACGGGCGGCAACGGGCAGCACAGGCACGAGCAGCAACGGGCGGCAACGGGCAGCACAGGCACGGGCAGCAACAGGCAACACAGGGAGGCAGCCGUACUCAGUCUAG